CUGAUGUCAGGGAGCCAGUGCAGCAUUUCAUGGUGCAGGGUGUAAACGCGCGGUGCCAUCUGCCUCGAUCGGUGCUCACAGCAAAGCUCACACAUGCAAGCCCGGCAAGAAAGAUGCUGCCAACUCUCAAGAUUUGGGCAUUGUUUUCUGUGUCGCUCUGCUUCCUUUCUCAACCGGGUCAUUUAAAGAAGGUUUUCCGAUGUCCUUCAACAUGCAGCUGCUCCAGGGAGUCCAUCAUUUGCGUCGGGUCCUCCUAUGUGCCAAGGUUUAGCCUCAACGACAUCAGUUCCUUGAGUAUCGUCAAUGGCACUUUCUCCGAGGUCAAAGAGGCAAUGUUUGCCCACAUGCCAUCUCUCCAGCUACUGCUUUUGAAUUCCAAUUCUCUUACAACUGUAAGGGAUGAUGCAUUCUCAGGCCUUCCACAUCUGGAGUAUCUGUUCAUUGAGAGUAAUAAGAUAGAAACUGCAGCCAAAUAUGCCUUCAGAGGACUCAGGGACUUGACUCACUUGUCUUUGGCAAACAACAACAUUAAAGCAUUGCCCCGGGACCUCUUCAUUGACUUGGACUCAUUGAUAGAGCUGGACCUGCGAGGCAAUGCCUUUGAGUGUGACUGUCGCGCCAAGUGGCUGAUGACGUGGCUGAAGAAUACCAAUGCCACAGUGUCGGAUGUCGUAUGUGCUGGACCGGAGGACAUGAAGGACAAGCGGCUCAAUGAUAUGACCAGCCUGCAUAACGAGUGCAUCUCAACGGAUUUCAUCCUCCAUCAGUCAGUGGCAUCAGAGUCUUUGUCUGUUGACACAUUCAGCUAUAAGAAUGAUGUCUAUGUGACUAUUGCUGCUCCCAGUGCAGAGAGCUGUAUGGUUUUCCAAUGGGAUCACAUAGAAAUGAAUUUCAGGACUUAUGAUAAUAUCACAGGUCAGUCCAUUGUGGGGUGCAAGUCUGUUGUCAUCCAGGACCAAGUGUUUGUCAUUGUGGCUCAGCUCUUUGGUGGUUCCCACAUCUACAAGUUUGAUGAGGACCAAAGCAGAUUCAGCAAGUUUCAGGACAUUGAAGUGUCCAAGAUUUCCAAGCCAAAUGACAUUGAAGCAUUCCAGAUUGGCACUGACUGGUUCUUUGUGAUUGCUGACAGCUCCAAAGCGGGCCUGUCCACCCUCUAUAAGUGGAAUGAUAAGGGCUUUUAUUCAUACCAGUCGCUGCAUGAGUGGUACCGUGACACAGAUGCAGAAUUUUUGGACUUGGAUGGGAAGGCCCACCUUAUCUUGGCAAGUCGCUCACAGGUGCCUGUGAUCUAUCAGUGGAGCCGCAGCAACCAGAAGUUUAUCUUGCAAGGUGAGAUCCCCAACAUGGAGGAUGUUGUAGCUGUUAAGCAUUUCCGGAUCAAGGAGGAACUCUACCUGGCUAUGACGCGCUAUAUUGGUGACUCUAAAAUUCUAUGUUGGGGUGCCAAACAAUUUGCAGAGAUCCAGGCCUUGCCUUCACGAGGCUCCAUGAUUCUCCAGCCAUUUUCUUUUAAAGAACGUUACUACCUUGCCCUUGGAAGUGAUUACACCUUCUCACAGAUCUACCUGUGGGAUGAUGAGAACAAACUUUUUGACCGCUUCAAGGAGGUGUAUAUCCAGGCGCCACGUUCUUUCACUGUAGUUUCCACUGAUCGCAGGGACUUCAUCUUCACCUCUAGCUUCAAGGGAAACACACAGAUCUUUGAGCACAUCAUCAUUGACUUGAGCUUGUGAGGGGCUGUGCUUUGUUGCCUCUUCCUGCAAUCAAACGUCUUCCACUAAAAAGAUUAAUUUGUGAAGGGAAAAGAAAGGACCAGAAGAGACUUCAACUGUUAAAUAUCAAUUCCGCCAUACAUUUAUGUCAAAAAUAAGACCUGGGUUAAGUGGUGUUUUGGGAUCCCUUUUAGUUUUUAAGGUUUCUUUACUGUUUCUCAAUGGCCUUGUCUUAUUAUCUGUUCUCAUCGUCUCUCAGACUUUCAGAGGGGGAGUCAAGAGAGUGGACAGUCGUACAAGGAGGCUUGUAUUCUGUUAAAAUCCAGCUGAUAUUUCUGAGGGUUGAAAUAUGAAAUAUAAUUUGAUCUAUUUGGGUGUAUGCAUUUUAGUUUAAUAUCCCCUACGCUAGUGGUCUUACGUCCAAAAUGUGUACAAGAGGACCUGAGAGAAAGAUCAUAUUACUAAUAUUGUUUGUUCUCAUUUAGGGCAUGUUAUAGGUGUGGUUUCUCAUCUAUGUGCCACUUACCUCAUGUCCUCAUACCAUGUGGUAAUGUACAGUUUGUUGCCUUAUCUGCACUGGGGUUCUGUGUUCUGAUGGGCCCACAGUGCCCCUUUCUGGCCGUGAUAAAGUAUCACACCCCUUUGCUUUUUCCAUACAGGGAAUGUCUUGAAAGCACAAACCUUUAAUUGUCAUAGCUGAGACCCCAGUCCUUGGAGUGUACUUGUCACGUGGAAAAUGUUACUGUAGGUGCUAUAGAUUAUAUUGCGUACAGUGG